GGCAUCCAGGCGGGAGGGUGCGUUCACACCCCCUUCGCUCAGGCGGCGCCCGGGCUCCCAGGGCGGCACGCGGAGCCAAAGCUCCCCGCGCGGGCCUGGUCCAGUCGCGGCUCCCGCUCGCGUGCGCUCAGCGACGGACCGCCCCACACCCGGCAGGACUGCGUCGGAUGGAAUCCCGCCGGUCUGCUCAGAAAUCUGUGGUCUUCUGCAAGAAAGGCACCCCUGAGGACCUCGCCGUGGGGGAAGGCGGGGCCGGGGUCGCCUUCACGCAGCGCCGCCCGCGGCCCCCACCCCGCCCCGGGCUCUGUGAACGCGGGCCUGUGAGCACGGCCGUGCCUCGGCUCGCGGAAAACAUGCAUGCGGGGAAACAUGCAUCAGGGAGGGCUCCUAUGCAAAGAGCUCUUAGAAAUCAGUAAUAAAAAGCCAACAGUCUAGUUGGGAAAACAAACGAAGGCAGAAAUGGCGAUGCUAUAGGUGGGCAGUUUGCGCAGUGACACAGGACACCCUGACGCGGAUCAGCACGAUGUGAGCCGCUUCCACUUCGCGGGACGGCCCCACAGCACCUGCGCAGGGCGGGCAGGAGGGGCCGACAGCCGACAGCGCUGUUUCGGAGGCCAGUGUGGCAAACCGCCCUGAGAGAGGACGCCUGCUGCGGUCCAGCGAGCCCUCCGCUGGGGAUUCAGCUGCGAACGCGUCUGCCCAGGUCCCCAGGCCGGCCCGGGCAGGGGCCGCCGCGUUUCCUCCGCGGCGUCUGUGAAACAGCCUGCAGGCUGCGACGGCCCGGAGGCUGGAAGGUUGCCCCGGGGAAGGAAGGAGGUGGGGAAGCCCACCUGUGCCCUCCCCGCCCCCUGCCCGUUUCAUGGCGGAGGUCUGCGGGCCUGGACCGCCAGACCGCAAGACAGGGAACCCCGACGGCACCCAGAGCGUCCACCCUACCCCGUCUCCGGCUCCGCAGCCAGCGUUCAGAUCAAGGCCUGAACGGCAAAGUGGGGCUGGAGAGAGGCGGGCAGACGCGGCCCGGGGCUGGCUCAGGUCCCAGGGGCGCCACGUGGGGCCAUUCGGCACCCCCAGGAGAUGCGGGACCCGGGAAGGGGCGGAGGGGGGAAGUCGCUUCUUGAACGAGUUAACGCGGGCGGAAGGUCCGGGAGGCUUCUUGUAGGAGGAGGCGGACGGGGCGCCGAAACGCUGGGAGGUUUGGCGCGCGGCGCAGCGUCCCCGAAACCGCGGAGAAGUGCGGGAGGCGAGGCGGGCGGCGCCGAGAAACAGCGGCUGCGGGCAAGCGGCGGGAGCGAGGGACGCCGAGCCGGCCGCCACCGCCGAGCAGCCCUCCAGCCGUCCGGCGUCGGCUCGUCUGGGCGUCCUCCGCUCAUCGGCGGCGGGCUGGCGGCCGAGCCCAUGCAGCCGCGCAGCGAGCGCCCGGCCGGCAGGACGCAGAGUCCGGAGCACGGCAGCCCGGGGCCCGCGCCCGAGGCGCCGCCGCCGCCGCCGCCGCCGCCGCCGCCGCAGCCACCAGCCCCCGAGGCAGAGCGUGCCCGGCCCCGGCAGGCCCGGCCCACGGCCCCCAUGGAGGGUGCAGUGCAGCUGCUGAGCCGCGAGGGCCACACCGUAUCCCACAACUCCAAGCGGCACUACCACGAUGCCUUUGUGGCCAUGAGCCGCAUGCGACAGCGCGGUCUCCUGUGUGACAUCGUCCUGCACGUGGCUGCCAAGGAGAUCCGGGCACACAAGGUGGUGCUGGCCUCCUGCAGCCCCUACUUCCACGCCAUGUUCACAAAUGAGAUGAGUGAGAGCCGUCAGACGCACGUGACGCUGCAUGACAUCGACCCUCAGGCCUUGGACCAGCUGGUGCAGUUUGCGUACACGGCUGAGAUCGUGGUGGGUGAAGGCAACGUGCAGACUCUGCUGCCAGCCGCCAGCCUCCUGCAGCUGAAUGGCGUCCGUGACGCCUGCUGCAAGUUCCUGCUGAGUCAGCUUGACCCCUCCAACUGUCUGGGCAUCCGGGGCUUCGCCGACACACAUUCGUGCAGCGACCUGCUCAAGGCGGCACACAGGUACGUGCUGCAGCACUUCGUGGACGUGGCCAAGACUGAGGAGUUCAUGCUGUUGCCGUUGAAGCAGGUGCUGGAACUGGUCUCUAGCGACAGCCUGAACGUGCCUUCAGAGGAGGACGUCUACCGUGCCGUCCUGAGCUGGGUCAAGCACGACGUGGAUGCCCGGAGACAGCACGUUCCUCGGCUGAUGAAGUGUGUACGCCUGCCCCUGCUGAGCCGGGACUUCCUGCUGGGCCACGUGGAUGCCGAGAGCCUGGUGCGGCACCACCCGGACUGCAAGGACCUGCUUAUCGAGGCCCUCAAGUUCCACCUGCUGCCUGAGCAGAGGGGUGUCCUGGGCACCAGCCGUACCCGGCCUCGGCGCUGUGAGGGCGCUGGCCCUGUGCUCUUCGCUGUGGGUGGCGGGAGCCUGUUUGCCAUCCACGGGGACUGUGAAGCAUAUGACACACGCACUGACCGCUGGCACGUGGUGGCCUCAAUGUCCACACGCCGGGCCCGGGUGGGCGUGGCUGCAGUUGGGAACCGGCUGUAUGCCGUUGGCGGUUACGACGGGACUUCAGACCUGGCCACCGCAGAAUCCUACGACCCUGUGACCAACACCUGGCAGCCCGAGGUGUCCAUGGGCACGCGGCGCAGCUGCCUGGGCGUGGCUGCCUUGCACGGGCUCCUGUACGCGGCGGGGGGCUACGAUGGGGCCUCUUGCCUCAGCAGUGCCGAGCGCUACGACCCGCUGACGGGAACGUGGACGUCCGUCGCUGCCAUGAGCACCCGGAGACGAUACGUGCGCGUGGCCAUGCUCGAUGGGAGCCUGUAUGCCGUGGGCGGUUACGACAGCUCGUCACACCUGGCCACGGUGGAGAAGUACGAGCCCCAGUGGGUCAUCCCUUUAUGUCCACCCUGUCCCACAGACACCCCGCCUUGGAGUAGAGGCCUGCAUGUGGAGGUGGAGGGAGGCUGCUGGUGGGUCUGCCCCCAGCCUGUCCCUCCACCACAGGUGAACGCCUGGACGCCCGUGGCUUCCAUGCUGAGCCGGCGCAGCUCGGCAGGCGUCGCGGUGCUGGAGGGGGCCCUCUACGUGGCUGGCGGCAAUGACGGCACCAGCUGCCUCAACUCCGUGGAGAGGUACAGCCCCAAGGCGGGCGCCUGGGAGAGCGUGGCGCCCAUGAACAUCCGAAGGAGCACACACGACCUGGUGGCCAUGGACGGCUGGCUGUACGCCGUGGGGGGCAACGACGGCAGCUCCAGCCUCAACUCCAUCGAGAAGUACAACCCGAGGACCAACAAGUGGGUGGCCGCGUCCUGCAUGUUCACGCGGCGCAGCAGCGUGGGCGCGGCGGUGCUCGAGCUGCUCAACUUCCCGCCGCCCUCUUCGCCCACGUUGUCCGUGUCGUCCACCAGCCUCUGA